GCAGGAGAGACCGGUCACCCCGCCCGCCCCUCGUCCGGGAGCUCCUGAGCCGCUGAGGCAGGGGGACAUCCCCGAGGGGGUCCCGCCCCUCGCCCCGGCCCCGCGCCCCCCGCGCCCACGUGAGCUCAAGGCCAGCCUGCAAUCCUCCGAUUGCAAAGCGCAUCCCUGCUCCACGUCUCUCCCUCUGUCUUCGGGUCCCCAACGCAGACACAGCGCGGGUCCCUGGCGGGUCCCUGCGGACCCGGCCAGGCUCUUCCGCGGGUUCUGGCUUCUAUAUCUCCGCGCAGCGCGCAGGCCGAGGCGCGGGCAAGGCGGCCCCGCUGACCCGAGACUGAGACGCGAUGAGCAGCCACGGCAAUAGUCUGUUCCUGAGAGAGAGCGGUGCUGGCGGGGGCUGUCUGCAGGGCUUGCAGGACAGUCUGCAGCAGAGAGCACUGCGCACGCGCUUGCGCCUGCAGACCAUGACCAGAGAGCACGUGCGGCGCUUCCUGCGCCGGAACGCCUUCAUCUUGCUCACAGUCAGCGCUGUGAUCAUUGGUGUCAGCCUGGCGUUUGCCUUGCGCCCAUACCAGCUCUCCUACCGCCAGAUCAAGUACUUCUCUUUUCCUGGUGAGCUGCUCAUGAGGAUGCUGCAGAUGCUGGUGCUACCCCUCAUUGUCUCCAGCCUUGUCACAGGUAUGGCAUCCUUGGACAACAAGGCGACAGGGCGGAUGGGAAUGCGGGCAGCUGUGUACUACAUGGUUACUACAGUCAUCGCAGUGUUCAUCGGCAUCCUAAUGGUUACCAUCAUACAUCCUGGGAAGGGCUCCAAGGAGGGGCUGCACCGUGAGGGCCGAAUUGAGACUGUCCCUACAGCUGAUGCUUUCAUGGACCUGGUCAGAAAUAUGUUUCCACCUAACCUUGUGGAGGCCUGCUUCAAACAGUUUAAGACACAGUACAGCACACGAGUGGUGACAAGGACAAUUGUAAGGACAGACAACGGGUCAGAGCUGGGGACCUCUGUUUCUCCUCCAUCCUCAGUAGAGAAUGAAACCAGCAUCCUGGAAAAUGUCACCCGGGCCUUGGGCACCCUGCAGGAGGUGAUAAGCUUUGAGGAAACUGUGCCUGUACCUGGGUCAGCCAAUGGCAUCAAUGCCUUGGGCCUUGUGGUCUUCUCUGUGGCCUUUGGGCUGGUCAUUGGUGGCAUGAAGCACAAAGGCCGUGUCCUGAGGGACUUCUUCGACAGCCUCAAUGAGGCUAUUAUGAGGCUGGUGGGCAUCAUCAUCUGGUAUGCACCAGUGGGCAUCCUGUUCCUGAUUGCUGGAAAGAUCCUGGAAAUGGAAGACAUGGCUGUCCUUGGAGGUCAGCUGGGCAUGUACACACUGACUGUCAUUGUUGGCUUAUUCCUUCAUGCUGGUGGUGUGUUGCCCCUUAUCUACUUCCUCGUCACCCAUCGGAACCCCUUUCCCUUCAUCGGUGGUAUGCUGCAGGCACUCAUCACGGCCAUGGGCACCUCUUCCAGCUCUGCAACUCUGCCUAUCACUUUCCGCUGCCUGGAGGAGGGCCUGGGUGUGGACCGCCGCAUCACCAGGUUCGUGCUGCCUGUGGGGGCCACUGUCAACAUGGAUGGCACUGCACUCUAUGAGGCCUUGGCAGCCAUCUUUAUUGCUCAAGUCAACAACUAUGAGCUCAACCUUGGUCAGAUCACCACAAUCAGCAUCACAGCCACAGCUGCCAGUGUAGGAGCAGCUGGCAUCCCCCAGGCAGGACUGGUUACCAUGGUGAUUGUGCUCACAUCCGUCGGCCUGCCCACAGAGGACAUCACACUCAUCAUAGCUGUGGAUUGGUUCCUUGACCGACUUCGUACAAUGACUAAUGUACUGGGGGACUCAAUUGGAGCAGCCGUCAUUGAGCAUUUGUCUCAACGGGAGCUGGAGCUGCAGGAGGCUGAGCUGACUCUACCCAGCCUGGGGAAACCCUAUAAGUCACUCAUGGCACAAGAAAAGGGGGCAUCAAGGGGUCGGGGAGGUAAUGAGAGCGUCAUGUGAGAGGCUUCUAGCUCUCCGUCCAGGACUGAGGGAAGGGGCUGGGAGGGGAGUCCUGGGGACAAUCUGUUGCCCAACUGACUGUGGGCUGAACAUAUAAUGUUCUGUGUGGGUUCUCUGAGGACUGUUGAGAUAAAAGAGAAGGAAUGAAAGGUAUCCAAGGUGUAUUCAUCACUGUUGCAUUUGUGUUCUCCAAAUAUAAGAACAACCUAAGGAAGGAAA